AUGGAUCCCAUAAUCAAAAUACCCGGAGCAUAUCCUCGUGACUUCACCGAAUACCGAUCAAGCCCCUUGAUCGUGAAUAAACUCAUCAGUGGCGCAUACUUCACGGAAUUCACUCCUCAGGUCACAGCCCUGCUAUCGAAUUAUGAUGCUCGCGUGCCUCGCGAAACUGCGCGUAGCAUUUUCAACAAGCAGUCAAAUACCGCCGCCAUGAUCCUCAGUUGUCUGAAUAGAAUUGUUGGAGGUAUUGUGAACGUCACCUGUUUGCUUGUGUGCUUCGUGUACUCGAAAUAUUGUGACUUCAGGUACACAUCCCAGUCAGGAAAUAUUCUGGACUACGAAACAGUCACCAAAAUGCUCAAACCUAUACUCCUUCUGCUCGCAGGCUACGAAGCAGCCCAGGUAUACUCAAUCACCACAGACGGAGGAGUCUUAAACGGAGAAAUAGCGGUGCAUGCCUGGGGGCACGAUUUCGAACUCGCCUGUGAUUUGAAGCGGUACGAGAAAUCGCUGGCGCAUCAUGAGUGCGAAGACGAUCAUCUCUCCAAGACAAUGGGUAGGGUUAUUCGCGCGAUGGGACACAGUCAUAAUAAGCUCACCUACAUAAUGGCCACAGCUGUCCUGACUGAAUGCAUCUGCAACAUUCUACAAGUUGGCAGCCGCCAUGGACUGGCGGUCCUGAUGGCAUGUAUUCUCACAGUUUUAUUUGCAGCAGCGGAAGAUUACGUUAAUUGCUCUACUACGCCUGUGAAAGAGCGUCGCGAGGCGACUCUUCGGGACUUGAUGAUCAGUGCAUUGAAGAAGAGUAGUAUUCGCUAUGCUAAGGUUCAGAGUAUGUGGACUUCUCAGAAGCAGAGUACUAGCGACUCAGGAGUACUGGAAAAGUACCUUAUCAACGGAUUGAAGGCACCCAUCACAGGAACCGUUCACGAUGUAUAUGUGACUCACUAUAGAUGUGGGAUCGUUGUCCAGCGGUCUGCCCCCGAAGAGGAUACCGUCGCUCUCGCCAGCCCUGCUGAGUCUUCGGAUGAUGUUCAAGAAGGAUACAUGGUCUCCUACGGCAUUCGGUACUUAGCGGAGGUGAACCCGCAGGAUCAGCAAGCCAUAGCGAAGGGGAUUGGUAGAUCGUGGACAUGUUUGGACCAGACCAGUACAUUGAUAUUGACCGAGUGUGAUAUUUCUGACGAGCACGCGGACUUUUACUUCGAUUUUGAUGCAUGGAGCGAUGAUGACAAUGAUGACGACGAGGAGGAAGAGGGCAUUGAGAUCAACGGCUCGCUGAAUGGGUUUCUAUAG